GGUCCACCCAGAAGGACUCCUCUUUUUAGUCGGUCCAUUGUUCAAAAAAAAAGGAGUGAAAGGAGGACCGAUCUUCCACAGAGGACCGCAUUUAUCAGCCGGUCAUACAGGAGGACCGAUUUCUUGCUCAGGGGCCACUAUCUCCCGUUGGUCUGCCUUUUUCGUCAAGUAAAGGUUUCCAACUGUUACUAUGGGCAAAAAUCGGUCCAAGAGGAACAAAAUUGCUGCUAAGGCGCGAACCAACUUGGAAGGGAAAGAGAAGCUUUCAUCUGAGGAUCUCAGACACCAAAUAACUCUCUCCCAAUCCAGGCGUGAAACACAAGACAAAUCUGGUGAACGUAGUUUCCACUCUAAAGCCCCUAAGAGUUCUCAUCCAAAGGAUUCCCAGGCAGCAGCAGAAAAAUUCGACGCCAACUCCCCCAUAGUCCGAAAGUUGAUCGGGUGGCUCAACAAGGAAGGAGAGGCCCGGUCCCAAGGGACCGGGAGAGAAACAGGUCAAGGAGAGGAUGAGGAGGUGGAAAGUCAAGGGCGCAUAUCAGUACAUAAGAGGAUGCGCAAAAAUGCGUCCCAAAGGUUGGGACCCAGGACUGAGGAAUCUGGAGAAAAUUCUGGGGGGCACGACAAUGAAGAUGCCGAAGACAUCCUCAAAUUGAGAAAAGAAAUGGAGGAACUAAAGAGGCAGGUUGACAAGGACGGGUCUUUUGGGCCCACAGUAGAGAUAAUUUCUCCCCUUACUGCCAGAGUGAUGAAAGCUCAACUGCCCGGGGGUAUGAAAGCCCCUGAAAUCCGUUAUAAGGGAGUCACCGAUCCCAAUGAUCACUUGGCUGCGUACCAAACUCACAUGUUGAUGCACGCCGUGGAGGACGAGAUCCAAUGUCGCCUCUUCGUAGGAACCUUGGAAGGGCCGGCCGUAAAAUGGUUCCUCACUCUUCCUAAUGGGACCAUUGAUUGCUUCAAAGAUCUUGCUCAACUUUUCCUCAACGCCUAUGGAGGAAGGUUCCAGCCAAAAAAGCACUUCACCCAUCUUUUCUCCCUAAAGCAAAAGGAGGGAGAGACCAACAGUGAAUUGGUACAAAGAUGGAAUGAAGCAAUCAAUGAGGUGGAGCCUAUGGACGAUAAGACUUCCAUUGCUCUGUUCAUGAAUGUUCUCAGUGAGUUCGGUCCUCUUGAGGGAAGAAGAAGGAGUCCAAAAGCCAGUUUAUUACACGAGCAGGGCCUUAAGAGGACCGGAAAAAGGUACACUCCCUUGGAAAAAUGUGUUUUGGCGGUGGUGGUAACUGUCAAGAGGUUAACUCCCUAUUUCCAAGCUCACCCAGUGAGAAUCAUGACGGACCAGCCUUUGGGAGCAGUUUUGAGGGACCCAUCUUCUUCAGGAAAGGUCAUUAAGUGGGCCAUGGUCCUCUCUCAAUAUGAUAUUUCUUACCAGCCCCGUUCUGGCAAGAAGGGCCAGGUCAUUGCAGAUUUUAUGGUGGAGUGCACAGCAAGAGGGAAGCCAGAAGAGGAUGGGACCGGUCAGGAGAGAAAAAGGGAAUUAUGGGAGGUCCAUUCAGAUGGAUCUUGCACUAAAGAUGGUUCAGGAGGAGGAGCGGUCCUCACCUCCCCUGAAGGUUUCAAGGCUUAUCAUUCCUUUAAAUUCACAUUUCGGGCCACCAACAACGAAGCAGAAUAUGAGGCCCUCAUUGGAGGAAUCCAAAUUGCCCUAUUCAUGAAGAUAAAGCACAUUCGCCUUAAAUCCGAUUCAAAAUUGGCCAUCGGGCAGCUAAAAGGAGAAAUGGAGGCCAAGGAAGGAAGGUUGAAGAAGUACAGGGACUGCGCCAAGACUCUACUUGGACAAUUUGAGUCUUAUGAGCUCAUAUAUGUUCCAAGAGAAGAGAAUGAAGAGGCGGAUAUGCUUGCUAAAUUAUGUAGGACCAUUCCCAUCCACAUGGAGGGUAUGGGCCCCCGUCGCGGACUCUACUUCCUCGCCCUCGGUGUCCUCCUCCGGGGAAGGAUCCCUUCGAGAAGAUCGCCGACGGAGUCGAGUGCUCCUGAAAGGAGGAACCCAAGAGGAAGUUGUGUCUCCCGACGGCUCUUGAGGAGGAAUAUCGGGAGACACCCAGAAUCCGAGACCCCGAAAAUACGAGUCCUUGAGGAGGAGCGCGCGGGGGACCGGAUAGCCGUUCUUGCGAAGAAGACGGAAGACCCCCUCGAGCUCCGAGUCGCGAGGGGGAAAAGGGUGAGAAGGGAACUUAUCUUCCUUCUUCCGCCACACGUUGGGGAAGGGAAGAUCUUCGGGAACUACCACCACGAAGAAGCGGCGGAACCAAUCGUCAAGUUUGUCGAUCGGGCUAUCCAAAAACUGCAUAUCGGUCCGGGCCGUGAAGCUCACGAACCCCCGGCCCAACUCGCCAUCAUACUUGUGGGGACGGAAGAAAGAGAGGAAGAGCUUCAGAGUGGGAGGUAUGGCGUAGCGGUUGCAAAGUUCGACCAAAAGGGGAUGGAGAGGGAAGCGGCAUCCCAUCCUAACCGAGUCGUAGUGGACGACCAGUCGGCGGGAGAUGUCAGGAUUGCGCUCCAAAGUAGUACCCGUGGCUUCCUGGACGCCAUAAUCAGGAGGAAUGACUCCCCUCAUCUCCCCCAAUUGCGCAGGAGUAAUGGAGGAAACAUUCUCGUCCUCCUUGGAUUUCUUGCCGCCGUUGAAGAUCUUGGAAACCUUGGAGAUUGUCUUCUUCAUGCCAUUAUUAAGGUGACGUGGGCCAUUGGCACCCCAGGCAGUGAUUGGAGAGAUAUGCGGCACCACGAUCCAAGGAGUGUGUGACCAAAAGACAGUCCAGUCGGCCAAUUAUUCAUCCAAGGCCCGUGGUCCGCAAAGAUGCGCUACAGAAAACAUCCGCAGUAAAUACAAAGUGGAUGAUGGGGUUUUCCCCAAAAAGAGGAUCUUCGUCAAAAAAAAAAUUAGGGACAGAGGAGAAACUUUCUAAUAGAGCAUGCGAGAAAGACUACAGUCAAAAAAUCUUUUAUUUUUUGACUUAUAAAAAAAGGGGCAUGUGAUGGGAACCAAGCCCAUCGAGAGAAUACUAG